AUGGCGCUACCGCGUCGGACGGCGUCACGGCGGUGUGGACACGCCUGGAACACAAUUGUCCACCACAAGGCACACUUCCAUGGAGACAGCCGUAGAGCGCAUGAUCGGCGCGGAGGCACGCGCACAGAGCUGGCCUUCUCGGGAGGGGGCGGGCGGGAUACCGCCACCGAUGAUGCCCUCACCCUGUCGGGACUGCAGCUUGACAUCCCGCCAGUGGCCCGCCUUAGUACCGACGGAUCCCCCAUCACCUUAGGUCACCACGGUCGACCCACCCUCGGUCGACGCACGCCAAGCCGCUGGCCAUUACAGUCGACACCGUCGCUAUCCCUGCCGUGGGGCCUCGUAUGCUGUUGCCACCUACCCUCUGGCAUGCAGCACUACGAGAAGCCCAUGAUUAUGCAUUGUCCGGUCAUCUCGGCUAUGCACACACUCUUGAGCGGCUGCGGCGCCGUUUUUGGUGGCCGGGUAUGGCCCGCGCCACACGGGUAUGAACUUCUGCCUGCAAAGACUGUGGGUCGCGCAAACCCAAACAGCCGUGGGUGGUGCCACCGCUACCUUCGUUGGCGGUUGGCGACGUAG